AUGCAUCUUGAUAACUUGUGUUACUAUGUCGAUGGUCUGGAGAAGCUCAUCUCAGGAUGUCCUGUUCUUGAAGAUCUCAUCUUGAAAGACCCUUUUCUAAGGGGUGAUUAUAAAUCUAUAGAAACUCGCCCUCUUCUGCUUGUAAGGUCUCAGACUCUCAAGAUGUUCCGUUUCAUACGUAAAUGGAGAAUGGAUGGUACUGGUUCUUCAGUUGAGAUUGAUGCUCCAAGACUCGAGUAUCUGAGUUUUAGAGAUAGUGAUCAAUUUGAAAGACUUGUGGUAAAGAACUUGAGUUCCUUGUGCAAGAUAGACAUUGAUACAGAAUUCUUUGUCGAUCGUCUUGGCAGUGCUUUGGAACCGGAGGGUUUAAGGAAGAGUGAUAUUAUCCUUGCUUUUCUUACCGGUAUUUCUAGUGUGAAACAUAUGAUCAUCUCUCAGCGCACUCUAAUGAACGUUUAUCUGUAUUCCAAAUUGGAACCGAUUCCCAAAUUGCAUAACCUAUCUCAUUUGCAGACUGCGUUCUCCAGCUCAUUUAUACACCUGUUGCCAGUUGUUCUUGAGAGUUGCCCGAAUCUGAAAAACCUCAUCUUGGACUUUUCUGUUUCAGUGGAGCUAGGGAAGAUCGAUCUUACCUAUGUGCCUCGGUGUCUAUCAUCGACUCUAGAAUGUGUUGAGAUUAGGAAACUAGUUACGUGGGAAAAAACUGGGAUGAAACUAGUGAGGUAUUUGCUUGACAAUUCAGAAGUCCUUAUGAAAGUCAAUCUGAGUUUCACAAACCCCGUCGAAGAUUUAGAUGUCUACGAGGAGCUUCUUAAUUCUGUAAAGCGUUUUCGCAGAUGUCAGAUUAAGUUAUUUCACUAA